AACAAACAAACAGGAGUGGAGAAGAACAUAGAAUCAUAUAGUUGGAAGGGGCCCUGCAAUAAAAAAUAAUGAAGGAUCUGGCUUAGGCUGCUCUGAACUUGAAGGUGGCGCAAGACACCAAGACGUCAGCCCUCCUGAAAGCAGACUCACCAAAAUGAAAUAGAUAGGUCUAACUUGGCUCCAUUAAUUUGGAUGGUUCUACUGAAUAGAAGUUUAGGCUGGUAAGAAAACUAAUUCAUAUAAUUAUUUUUUGUUCUUGUUUUCAUUAUGUAUUUCGUGUUUCCCCCCGUUUUUUAAAUGCUGUAAACUGCCCUGAGAUAUAUGGAUCAUUAUUAUUAUCAUUAUCAUCAUUAUUAUUACAAAACACAGAAUUGCAGUAAGGAGUAGGGUGUAAGGAGAUCACAAUAAUUGGCAAUCUGUUUGUUUCAAAGUCCAGAACUGAAGCCUGCCUAUUGAUUGAUUGAUUUGAUUGAUUGCUUUCUUGCAUAGUCCAGAACUGAAGCACCGAAGCUGCUGCUGAUUAUUAUUAUUCUUAUUACUAGUAUUACUACUACUACUACUAUUUACUUAUUGUUAUUACAAAAUACAUAACUGCAGCUUGGCGUAGGGUGGAGGGACCCCAGUUAUUACCAAUAACAAUUGGUAAUAAUCCAUUUGAUGGACUGAUUGUUUGGAACUCCAGAACUGCAGCCUGGAGCGCGCGCCCCCGAAGCUCCUUUGUCCGCCCUCGAGCGAGGCGCGUUCCGGAGCUCGGAGGGGGCGGGGCCAAGUGGGGGGGGCGCGCAGGUCACGUGGGCGUAUAAAAGCGCCUCCCCCGGCCGUUUCCCCCUCCCCCGCCAGGUUGUUAAAGGCCACUGAGCCAACGCGGAGAGAUUGCAGGGCUCUGCAACGAAAUGUCGGGCGUCAUCACAGCCUUCUUUCACCUUCUUGCCCUCUGGGGAACGAUCCGGUCACUCAACAACACACAGGGUCUUCUGGACUGUGUACCAAGAAAAACGGUGGUGUACCACUCUGAGAAUUUUAACGUUUUUUGGAAACAAGGACUAUCCCAUUUUUCCACCCUCUUCCUGAGUGAAGAAACCAACAUUUUGUAUGUGGGAGCCAAAGGCUAUAUCCUUGCUUUGGACUUGAGUGAUAUCUCUAAAGAAAUAACCAGGGAGGCCUGGUUUGCCCCAGAGAACAGGAAGCUUGAGUGCCUUCGACGAGGAAAGAGUAAAGCAGAUUGCCAGAAUUACAUCCUCAUUCUGCAUAAGAUAAAUGCCACCAGCUUAUAUGUUUGCGGAACCAAUGCAUUUUAUCCUGCUUGUCGUUAUGUGGUCAUGGACAAUAGGAAGCUAAAGCUGCUGUCCAAGGUGGUAGAAAGCCGGGGAAGGUGCCCCUUUGAGCCGAGGACGCGAUACACGUCUCUGGUAGUUGACGGUGCACUUUAUUCCGCCACUUCAAACAACUUCUUGGGUUCGGAGCCAAUUAUACUACGGAGUUUGAGGAAUCCUUUAAGGACGGAAUUUAAAGCGUCAUGGCUUAACGAGCCCACCUUCGUCCACAUGGAUCUCGUGCAGGAGAAUGGGUCAGGCUCCGACUCGGACAGAGUUUAUGUCUUCUUCACAGAAGCGGCAGUUGAGUUUGACUUCUACGACAAACUUCUGGUCUCGCGGGUAGCCCAGAUCUGCACAGGGGAUCUCGGUGGGAGGCGCACCCUGAAGAAAAAGUGGACCUCGUUUCUAAAGGCCACCCUUGUCUGCUCAGCUCCUGAAUCAGAUUUUCAGUUCAAUGUCCUCCACGCCGUCUUCAUGAUCAAAACAACCAACUGGCGGGAAAGCAUCUUUUAUGGGAUUUUCAGCCAGCAGUGGGGGAGAUUGGACAUCUCCGCCAUUUGUGCGUUCAGGAUGGAAGCUGUUCAAGACCUCUUCCAGAAAGGAAACUUCAAAGGCCCCCUUGCCGUUGAGAAUUCACAUGCAAAAUGGGUGGUGCACAGGGGAGAGGUCCCCACGCCUCGCCCGGGCGCUGUAAGUUGUCCCCCUCCCCUGGUUGACCAUCUAUGCCCCCAUGUGUGCCUCAACAUUUCUGCCAGGCACCAGGAGGGAUACAGCUCUUCCCUUGACUUGCCGGACAGAGUCCUCCAGUUUGCCAGGGACCAUCCCCUGAUGGAUGGCACCGUGAACCCCAUCGGCCGCCAGCCGAUGUUGGUCAAAAGAGGCGUGCGAUACACACAUCUUGUGGUAGACCAAACUAGUGGCAUGGAUAAUGCAACGUACGACAUCCUUUUCCUAGGGACAGAUAAGGGCUAUUUGCAUAAAGCUGUCAACCUCCAGGGGGAGAUUUUCAUUGUGGAAGAGUUACAGCUGUUUCCAUCUCCAGAGCCUGUGCAGACACUCAAGCUGGCUGCACAAAAGGGCCUGCUGUAUGCUGGGUCUGCCUCCCGGCUGGUGCAGCUCCCCGUGGCGACCUGCAGCCGGUACAAGUUCUGCCUCGACUGCGUCUUAGCCAGGGAUCCUUACUGUGCCUGGUCACUGCCUCUUGGCGCCUGCAUCCCCGUGGCGAACCGGUCUGGGGGUUUGCGGGAUCUGAUUCAGAGUGUCAGGAAUGGCGAUGCCUCCAGGUGCCCUGAAGUGGCUAAGAAUGUCAGGAGGCUCCCUGUCCCCCUGGGUAGCAGCCCACAUCUCAGCUGCAGCUCUCUGUCCAACCUGGCCACGUCUGUCUGGACCUUCAAUGGCAGCAGCCUGCAGGACGAAGAGCCCAAAUAUCUCUUCCACGCCAGGGGACUGGUCGUGUUUAACAUGACGGCUUCUGACACCGGGCUUUACGAGUGCCAGUCUGUUGAGACAUCCAACGGAAGAGAAUUCCGCAUCUCCGUGUCCACCUAUUUCCUUUACCUCCAGCAAGAGAGCAGCUUCGCUGUGGCUCCCGAGAGCGAUCCCUCAAAUCGGGAGUGUGCUGUCUCUGCAGCUCCAAAGUCGCAGCCCUUGGCAUCUCUCCAGACGGAGAACCCGGCAAGGCUGGAGCGAUCCCAGAGAGUCCAAGGGCUCUCCUUCACAUUGGUGCUUUGGGGAGGAGCCUUUGCCCUGCUUUUCCUUUCCUUACUCUCCUGGAACCUUUAUGAGGGCCACCUCUCUCUCUCCUGGAAAAGUGUGUGGAGCAGGAGGUCAGAAACGGUGGGUGCCGUUGGGGCAGCGGGUCCCGAGCCAGAGCAAACAGUCUUGAUUCAGGGAAGCUUGGCCUCCUGUCCCAUCUCCGGCUCGGCCAGCGAAUCAGCCCUGCUGGCAAGCUCACCCCAAGAGGCAAAGGCGAAGCAGACCACCAGCCUCGCCACGGGCAGGGCAGCCUGCUGUUCUUCAAACUGCCUGGUCAGCAAAGUCCCGCUCACUGACGAAGAAGGCCUUGCAGCAUGACGGCCUUGGCAGAGGGUCCGCACCACGGAAACCCCACGGACUGUCCCAUUGUGUGCCCAGGACCCCCCAUUUUCAGAGGGUUUGGAAAAUAAAUAAAAAAGUAAAGUUGA